CUUAUCUCAGCCCUCUCAAGCACAGUGGGAGGAGGAUUCAUACUUAGGACUACGAGGAGUAGGAAAGGGUUCCCAUAAGAGGCAGAAAAUCUCAGGAAUCCUGGGUCUGCUGGAAGCUGGGAGGUCUGUGCUUUUCAGUGGCUGUAAGGACCAAGGACUACAGGGUGCUCCCGGGUCUCCCCAGUGUAUGGGUUGACAGCAGCAAAGGAGAAAGGUGUUGGGUAAGGCAGCUGGGGGUGGGGAAUACAUCGAGUGCACCAGGGAGUGAAUCUCACUCGGCAGAGCGACAGUCUCUUCAAUCUCUACGUCUCUUCAGUACCUGCUGCUCCCUUCUUGGCUGCUUUGAGAGUUUGGAUGAGCUACAGGGAACUUGCAGCUCAGCUCACAGCCUUCAGGACUGAGAAAGGAAUCAGCGGCAAAGGCAGGACAUAGAUCAAACCAACUCAUCCACCAAGGAUUCUCAGCCAUGGAUAGCAAAGACAAUGAGACUCUGCUGUUCUUGCCUCCUUCAGAGCUGGAUAACUACACCCAGAAAAUCAACAUCAGCAGCUUCAGCCCAAGCCCUGGCCUUAAUUUCAGUCCCAGCAUCAUUGCUGACCCCAGCCUAAGCCCCAAUUUUAGCUCUAGCAUUGUCCCUGACUCCAGCUCCAGCUCCAGCUCCAGCUCCAGCCCCAGCCCCAGCCAUAUCCCCAGCCUCAGCUAUAUCCCUAGCCCCAGCCUCAUCCCUAGCCCCAGUCUCAGCUCCAAUCUGAAUCCUACCCCCACCACCUGGGAGUCAAAGAUCAGCAGUAGUCCACAAGGUUUUGCUCACCUCCCACAGGAUUGGGGUUCCCAAGACAAUCCGUUCUGGGACACCCCUUUAAACCAUGGACUGAAUGUAUUUGUGGGAGUGGCAUUGUGCAUUACCAUGCUGGGUCUGGGCUGCACUGUGGAGGUGAAUCACAUAGGGGCUCACAUCCGCAGGCCCAUAGGGGUACUGCUGGCACUCAUCUGCCAGUUUGUCUUCAUGCCCCUACUGGCCUUCCUUCUGGCCCUCAUCUUCUCUCUGGAUGAAGUGGAGGCUGUAGCAGUAUUAUUGUGCGGCUGUUGUCCAGGUGGAAACCUUUCCAAUCUUAUGUCUCUGCUGGUGAAUGGCGACAUGAACCUCAGUAUUAUCAUGACUAUUUCUUCCACACUUCUGGCUUUGCUAUUGAUGCCCCUGUGCCUGUGGAUCUAUAGUCGGGCCUGGAUCAAUACAGCUCUGGUGCAGUUAUUACCACUGGGAGCAGUGACCCUGACCCUCUGCAGCACCCUGAUUCCUAUUGGUGUAGGUGUCUUCAUCCGCUACAAAUAUACACGAGUUGCUGACUAUGUCCUUAAGGUUUCCCUGUGGUCUCUGCUAGUGACUCUGGUGGUCCUUUUCAUUAUGACUGGCACUAUGUUAGGACCUGAACUGUUGGCAAGUAUUCCUGCAACUGUUUAUAUUGUUGCCAUAUUUAUGCCUUUGGCUGGAUAUGUGUCAGGAUAUGGUUUAGCUACCUUAUUCCAUCUUCCAUCCAACUGCAAGAGGACUGUCUCUCUGGAAACAGGUAGUCAGAAUGUACAACUCUGUACUGCUAUUCUAAAACUAACCUUUCCUCCACAGCUCAUAGGAAGUAUGUACAUGUUUCCUUUGCUUUAUGCUCUUUUCCAGUCUGCAGAAGCAGGGAUUUUUGUAUUAGUAUAUAAGAUGUAUGGAAGGGAAAUUGUGCAUAAGCAAGAUCCUCUGGAUGAAGAUGAUACAGAUAUUUCUUAUAAGAAACUGAAGGAAGAAGAAAUGGCAGAUACGUCAUAUGGAUCAGUUAAAAUAGAUGAGCAUAAUUCAAUAAUGAUGGAGCCCACCCAGACUUCACUGUAGAUUACAUUUAAUGUAGAGCAACACAGGGGCUUCCAUCCUUACCUCCUAUUUAUGGUCUGUGGUAUGCUCAAGCAGUAUUAAAUGGCUUUAAUAUAGCAGGAUUCUUCUAACUAUAACUAUAGUACCCCUUCCAUUGUAAGAUGAUCAUGGCUUCACUAAUGUCAGCUCAAACAUUUCCUCAAAUUUAAAAAUUUAAGUACAUUCAAUGUCAUAACCUAUACAUCAGUUUGCCAACACAAAGUUGAAGUGAAGUUAAUGUCUGUUCAUGCUUUUGAUGUUGCCUAUUUAAAUUAUUCUUCUAAAAUGGGGAAGCUAUUAGAAACCAUGACCUCUCAAACAUAAAAUUUUGGUGCACUGUGAGUAAAAACAUAAGUAAGAACAUAAUCAAAUCAUAUGUAUUCAUUGUAAAAGAAAUGUAGUAUUUGUCUUGUACUCAGAGUUGAGCUCAGUCAAAUAAAAACAGUGUAACAAUG